AUGUUGCCAUAUCUGGCAUAUCGAUACGUCAAAAACAAACGCGAAAAGAAUCAGAGAGAUAUGGAUAGUGAUUUGGAUUCAAUGGUCCGGAGCAUAGUUCCGGAUAAGGCAGUAAUCAGUAUCCCCGGUGUUGCGGCCAAGUUGGGUGAAGACUCGAAAGAGUACAUUCCCGGAGUUCUAUCGAUUCUCGAAAAAUCAGUAGGAGUAUUCAUCGAAUGGAGACCAUCCGAAGAUCCGGAUGCUACGUGGGUCAUGACGUCAGAUGACGGUAAUGCCGAAAUGGUUCACUCCAGAAGUCCUGAAGAAAAACGAGAUCGAGGAGCGCGUGUAGCAUUUUCGAUGGAUGUGAAUGAUUUGAGCAGUUUCCGGAACGAUGAACCGAAAAGAGGAAGUGGUGGUUUUCCAUCAAUCCGUUUGAUUUGUCGUGACGGAAGUAGCCAAGUUCCACUGUUCUUCAGAAAUUCUUCUACAGGAGAAUUUAUUGAUCGGUUGCAAGGAUACAUUACUCUUCGCCGUUCGCACCGGGACGCAGACCUCGUUAUCGUCGUUGAUCAAAAGUCAGAAGCACUUGCAAAAAGUGUCAGCAUGCUCGAUGAAAAUGGGGAUAUUCUUUCGAGAUUCAUGCAAAACCCUUACAUGACUGCAAUGACGGGAUUCAGCAAAAUUACUUCAUUUGUGCAAGAUCAAGUGAUUCCCUCAGUUCUUAAUGAUACUGAUGCUGUUACCCAAGAAGAGAAAAUCAGAUUGAUGAGAGAGUUGAGAUUAGCUGAAGAGCAAAUGCGUGUACAUUCAGAUGCUGCCGGAGAAUUCGAAGUAGUCACUCAAUUGGAUUUACCACCAAGACCUGAAAUAUAUAGAGAACUACCAGUUUCCAGAGAAUUGUGGAAUUCCUUUAAACUAUCGAACGGUUCAAUUGAUCCAAUGAAACUACAUCAUCUCAAGAUGAAUGUGUUCCGAGGUGGUCUUAAUGCAGAACUUCGGAAAGAAGCUUGGAAGUGUUUACUUGGAUAUCGUCAAUGGCACGAAUCAGAUUCUGAGUUCGAAAAGCGACGCACGGAGUUGGCGAAGCAAUAUCACAAUAUGAAGAGUCAGUGGAUGUCAGUCACUGAAGAUCAAGAAAAACGAUUCUCAAAGUUUGUGAAGAGAAAGUCUCUUGUUGAAAAGGACGUUGCACGAACUGAUAGGACUGUUCCAUUCUUCCAAGGAGAAGACAACGUGAAUCUGAUUCAUCUUCACAAUGUUCUUAUGACCUACGUUAUGUACAACUUCGAUUUGGGUUAUGUUCAAGGAAUGUCUGAUUUCGCAUCUCCACUUCUUUUCGUGAUGAAAGACGAAGUUGAUACAUUCUGGUGUUUCGUUGGAUUGAUGGAAAUGACACAUAAAAAUUUCGAGAAAGAUCAAGCAUUCAUAAAGCUCCAGAUGAACCAAUUGAGAGAUUUGGUAAUGAUUAUCAAUCCUAAGUUGGCGAAUUAUUUGGAAAGCGAAAAAUCUGACGAUAUGUAUUUCUGCUUCCGUUGGGUUCUAGUAUGGUUCAAACGAGAAUUCUCUUUCCUCGAUACGUGCAAACUUUGGGAAGUUUUAUGGUCCGGACAACCAUGUCCACGAUUUCUUCUUCUCAUUUGCGUCGCUAUUCUAGAUUCACAAACCAAUAUUAUCAUCGACAACCAUUUCGGAUUGACUGAAAUAUUGAAGCACAUCAAUGACUUGUCUAUGCAUUUGAAAGUUGAUGAGAUUCUCACUGCCGCCGAAGCAAUCUUUCAUCAAUUAUCAGCCAGUCAGAACAAACUCCCAGCUCAUAUUUGUCAGUACCUGAAUAUUGGGGAAUCUGCUGUCAGCUCCAGUAACAACAGUCCAUCAAGAAGUGACCCAGAUCGAGAGGAUUUGUAA